CGCAUGUUAUGCAGUUAAUAAAUAUGUCGGUAACGAUAAACAUGUAAAUAAAUUUAUUUUUCAACAAACGUCGUAUUAAAAAAGUUCAAGAAUAUGUUUAUUUAAGUGCGAUGACCUACACGUUUAUUAAUUUUAUUUUAUUGUAAGAAGCAUCAAACAGUGAUGGCAGAUGAUCCAAGCAGUGAGGAUUAUUCCGAUAAUGAAAAUAAUGCGGAAUUAUCUGGAAUUUUGAGUAAAUGGACAAAUUACAUACAUGGAUGGCAAGAUCGUUUUAUUGUACUAAAAGGUGGUACUCUAUCUUACUACAAAAAUGAAUUAGAAGUAAAUUUUGGGUGUAGAGGUGCCUUAUCAUUGGCCAAAGCUGUAAUAAAGCCUCAUGAGUUCGACGAAUGUCGGUUUGAUGUAUCUGUCAAUGAUUGUGUUUGGUACCUGAGAGCAUCUUCUGUUGAAGUUAAACAAAGCUGGGUGGAUGCAUUAGAGUGUUACAAGGUUGAAUCUGGAUAUGGCACAGGGUCGGAGAACAGUCUGAAAAGGCAUGGAUCCACCGUUAGUUUACAAUCGAACACCUUUAGCACAGCUUCAGGUAACAGUUUCCACAGAUCGUCCAGGAAUCUACGGGAAAAGCUAGCAGAACUAGGAACGUUUAAGGACAUACUGUGCCGUCAGAUAGAUACCCUUCAGAAAUUCUUCGAUGGUUGCGUUGACAAAGAGAUACAGAUCGAUAAUAAGGAGAAAAUACCAAUCAUCGACUUCAAAGGGGAGGCAAUUACAUUCAAGACCACAACAUCUGCUGUUCUUGACACGUUGGAGCAUUGUGCCGAACUAGUUAACCAAAGAGAAGAAGCGUGGAGGCGUAGGUUGGAAAGAGAGACUGAUAGAAGAAAAAGGGCUGAAAACCUAUCGAAGUCGUAUUUUGAACAAAUACAGAAGUUCCAGAAGGUGCCCUACGGGCCAGAUUUAGAAGAAGGACCUCACAGUGUUUUGGCCGACGACGAGUUCUACGAUGCUGUCGAGACCGGAUUAGAUAAAAUGGAGGAAGAACGGGAAAUUAGGCAUAAACUGAUGAACGGAACUUUAGUACCUCCAACUCCCCCUCCAGUGUCACCUGCAAGUACUCACAGAUUAUGGCCUGAGAUACAAAAAGUUGUUGACGGACAAGUCAAUAUGGCGAAAUUAGGAGUUGGAGAAUGCGGAGCAGGCUGGCAACUAUUCGCCGAAGACGGAGAAAUGAAGAUGUAUAGGAGGGAGGAGGAGGUGAACGGGCUAGUGGUAGACCCCCUAAAGGCGGUACAUGUGGUUAAGGGUAUCACAGGAUUUGAGCUAUGUCAUUAUUUCUUCAGUCCACAGUACAGAUAUGAUUGGGAAACUACAUUGGAACAUAUGCUGGUGGUGGAGACGAUAUCAGACGAUACGAUUUUAUUCUUGCAGACGCACAAAAGGAUCUGGCCUGCUAGUCAAAGGGAUGCCGUGUUUUGGUCACACAUGAGGAGGAUGCCUAAUGAUCAGGAUACUGAGGGCCCUGAUCUUUGGACUGUUGUUAAUCAUUCUACAGAAUUGCAGAAGUAUCCGGCUAAUGCUGGAAAAUGUGUAAGGAUAUAUUUGACAGUAUGUCUAUUAUGUCAGACUUUGGUAAAUCCACCAAAAGAUGGAGGUCCAGUAACCAGAGAUGAUAUAAGCUGUAAAAUUACAUAUUGUUCAGUUGUUAAUCCAGGUGGUUGGGCACCUGCCUCAGUACUGAGAGCUGUGUACAAAAGAGAAUACCCCAAAUUUCUUAAAAGAUUCACAUCUUAUGUAAUUGGAAAAACGAAGGACGAAAAAAUAAGAUUCACUGAUUAGAUUAUAAGUUCAAAAGAGAUCGAGAUUUUUACUUCAUAUAUUUUAUUUUUAUUGUUCGAUAAACUGUAAUAAAUAUUUUAUGUUUAUA